AAAAAAACAUUGUUCAAAAUGGCAGCCGUCGUACAGAAGUUAACCCCAAUUCCGAACUUGGAGCGACUUUCAGAGCGUGUUAUAAGAAUUCUAGGGUGUAACUCUAGACCGAUGACACUGCAAGGAACGAACACAUAUCUUGUCGGUACAGGACCAAAAAGAAUUUUGAUUGAUGCAGGGGAUCCGAAUGUUCCUGAUUAUAUCACAAACCUGAAGAAAGCCCUGAAGGAUUUCCAAACUUCCAUUCAGGAGAUUGUUAUCACACACUGGCACCAUGAUCAUGUGGGCGGUGUCCAAGAUGUUUGCCGGGAUGUUAUGCAAUCCUCAGAUGUAAAAGUAUCCAAAUUUAGACGACCCGAAGGUAAAAAAGAAUAUGAUAUUGGUGUUCCCUAUAACUAUGUGGAGGACAAUGCCAUGUUCAGAACAGAAGGAGCUACGUUACGGGCAGUGUUUACACCCGGUCAUUCGGAUGACCACCUUGUUCUGUUGCUGGAGGAGGAUCGUACCAUGUUCUCGGGAGAUACCAUCUUAGGGGAGACAACUGCGAUGUUCGAGGAUCUCCACACCUACAUGGCCUCGCUAGACAAACUUCUACAAUUCCGCCCCUCAGUCAUCUUCCCCAGUCACGGGCCUGUAAUCCCCGACCCUAUGGAGAAGAUCUCGAACUACAUCUCCCAUCGUCUUACCCGAGAACGGCAGAUAGAGGAAACCCUAGAUCAAGACCUCAACGCAUUGCUAACUUCCACUGAACUGGUAGACAGAAUAUACGUAGGUCUGGCUGAUGGAUUAAAACUUGCUGCCAACAAUAAUGUUCGUCAACAUCUCUUUAAGUUAGUCAAGGAUGGAAAAGUGGAAUGUGUGGAAAAAGACGGAACACAACUAUGGAAGAAAAAAACCCAGAGCAAUAUGUGAUUCUCUAUGAGAUUUCAACUUGUAAGAUAAGGCAAAUGUGAUAAGGAUAUAGAACUCUUUACUGUAUGAAGAAAGUCACAUAAGGUGGAGAGUUCCAGAGCUCUGCUUGUUCAAGUGUAUCUCAAACAAAGAAGAUUUCCAAUUUGAUUUGCUGCUUUUUUUUCUGACGAUAACUAAAUCAUCAAAUUUUUCUUUUCCAUAAAAACUUUUCCACCAUGAGGAUUUAAUCUCGGUACCUCUUAAUUAUAAACCCGCUCUGUCACCAGCCAUAGUCUUUGUUAAUAUAUCUACGUGACGUUUUUCAGAAUAAUUUCAAAAUGUUUUCAUUAUUUAUAAAGGCCUGCAGCUUCAUGCAUAUUUGUUAUGAAUAUAGAUGAAAUAACACAAAUUUAACAGGAAAAUAACUUUUCAGGAUGUAUAAACAGCAGAAAAGUCAGGCCAGAGUAACUAGUUACCGUAAAAAUUAGCAAAUAGAACUACACAACAGGACACUCUAUAAUCAGUAGUUUAUAUUUACAUGUGCCUUGCUUUGUCGGGUUUUUUUUGCAUAUGGAUGCACACUCUGUGAUAACUAAUCGGAAUAUCAGUAUAAACAAAAGUUUCUGUGAUUAAUUAAUUUUUUUAUAUACAGACUAAUACUUACUGAAUAACAAAAGAGGAAGGUAUGUCUAUUUAUUUUGAUAUUCUUAUCAUAUUUAUACAGUGAUUGUUUGUAAAAUGAGGAAAAAAAAGAUAAAUAUACACAGAAAUUAAGACUAUUAGUGUAUUCGAACUGGACUGGGUCGAUCACUGGCGACCAAGCAGCUCAAUCGUUUGGAGCAUCCUUCUAGAGUUCCAAAGUUCCGGGCUUGAAACCCAGUCUGUGGCUGUCCAUUUCCCUCUCCUGUUACAGUGACCAGCUCUUGUUCUAGUUUUAUAUGUAUGUUUGAAAAAGUGGAUAUCGGAACCAGUGUUGUAAAUGAGUGUUGUCUUCAAGGGAGUUGACUUACAAAAAGGAAGGAAGAAUGUAGUAGAACUGUACCAGGUCGAUCACCGGCUUCCAGGAACCCCACUUUGUUAAGAGUGUCUGUCUAGAUUCGGGAUGUCCUGGGUUUGAAUCCUGGUCUAGCCAUGCGUUUUCAUCUCCUGUUAACAAUCAUUUAAAAUCCAAAAGCUUUAAGAUUAAAUAUUUAAUCCAGAAUUAAGACAUCGUUCAUUGUAAGUUUGAUCCAAAAUGAAGCUUGAAAUAAAACUUAUUUCCUUUGCAAAGAUAGCCUCUGGUAAAUAGGAAGGUAAUCAUAAACAUAACUAAUAAUUAAUGUUGGCACGUUCAAGAUUUAACUGACAAGCAAGUCCCAGGGUUGUACAGCAUCCCCAAAAAGCCUGAAAGCCAGAAACUGACAUAAUAAUUAUAUAUAAGGUGCCAGACGAUCCCACCGCUGCCACCAAAUAUUACUUAUGAUUGAGCACCAAGCCAUCCACUGACCAUACUUAACAAACACGCAUUUACAAGGGUUGUACCUUUCCACUGGAAAAGCUAGCUUGCAAGUAAGGCAGCAUUUUCCCUAAUAUUUCUUUGUGUUACUCUUAUUUGAUGUCUUGGGGUAAAGGAAAACACGUUUUUGAAAGUUUCAUGUUUGUUGGUUAUUGAAAUGAAAUCUUAAAAUAUUAUAGACAUUCAAUCAAACUAUAUUUCAAAAAUUUGCUUUCUUGACGCUUAAAGGACAUUUGUUUUAUUUAAUUAAAUUCUUUUCUUAUUUUCAUUUUAGAGUUGAAUGUAUUCUAGUUUAUGUUGAUAUGUUUAAUGUAAACAGACAAUCAGAAGGUGAGUGAUCGCUAAUCAAGUUCCAGGAAGAUGUUUCGUGAUUCACAAUUUCCUAUGUGUUGCUUUAAGUCUUCAAAUUAUUUGUGAUUUUUAUUGAGUUUUAUGUGAUUAUCGUUUGAAGAGUCAAAUUUAUUACACAGCAUUAUGAGUUCACAUUGAAAAAUAUUGUUAGAUAAUAUAUGCAUAUAGCUUGUGAGUAAACAUGUUGGUAAAUUUGUUGGUAGGCAAUGGUUUGACUCUCCCGGAGUGGAGUCUUAUUGCAAAUUUUUAGUUAUUAGUUAUCUCGUAAAGGCCCUUAAUAAACUUUCCACAAUCCGUUGAAUACUGCAUUUAAGAUAAAAACCAUUUGGAAAUGAACAUGGUUUUAAUAAUAGUUAACAUUUCAUGGAUGGGAAUAAAGGGGGAUGUUUUCAAGCCAAAAGAACAUCCUCCUGAUACACCACUGAAACAUAUGUAUUUCUAUAAGAUGUAAGAAAAUAUGUCUUUCAGAUAUAUGAAUGUUUACAUUUGUCUCGUGAUUGAAGUGGAGUUUUCCCCCCUAAAUACCACUAUCAAUAGAAUUAUUGCUUCAUGUUUAUCUAAACUAUUUUUAAAGCUAGCUAUAUAUAUUUGGGUUUAGCAGAUUCAUAUUGAUUUGUUGUGAUGAAAUAAACAGUAGUGAUGUUAUGAAAUAAUGAUUAAAAUAAGUUGUUAAUUAUACAAUAAAGAUAAUUUAAUAAACAAAA